AUGCCAAUCGAGAUUGAAGAAAUAGGUGAAAACACAGUUAGUACCGCAACAUAUCAUGCUGUUAAAUUUAUAGGAGAAAACACAGUUGGUACUGCAAAAUAUCAUGCUGAAAGAUUUGCGGGUGUCUCCGACAUCAGUGGAGAUGAGCUCGGAAUCCUCUUUAAAAAUGGCAUCCCUUCAUCUCCAAUGAGCCCAGACACAAUACGGAGUAGUGCUUUAGCGAAAUCGGAGGACACUUUGUCUGCAUUAGAGAGAGUGAUUUUGAAAUGGGACGUCAAGACUGAAAGCAAAAUGCUUUUGAAAAGCGGCCCACAAGAAGUGAGUAAUUACAUAGACACUAUCGAAAAUCUCCAUCAACUAAUGAAACAGUUUUCUGCCCAUGGGAGAGUCUCCCCGGAUAUGAACCGCGCGCAGAGGCUUAUGGAGAUAUCGAUGGCCCGUCUGCAGAAGGAAUUUCACGAAGUUCUGUCAUCUUACAGCGAGGCCCUCGAUCCUGACCCGUGGUCGUUUUAUUCGAGUACAGAGGACAGUAUCAGUAGCAGCAGCCGCUCCAGCUCCAGCUCUUCGUCAACAGACAGAACCUACGAAUUCCAAAUGGUUCCGUUGGGCGCCAUGGGGAAUCUACGAAGUAUAGCGCAGCUCAUGGCGAGGACAGGGUACGCGAGAGAAUGCGUUCGAGUCUUCGCUCUCACUAGAAAGUACGUGGUGGAAGGGAGUUUAUACAAUCUGGGUGUGGAGAAGGUGAGGUUGAAUGACAUUCGGAAAAUGAAGUGGGAAUUCCUGGAUGAAAAGAUCAGGAAAUGGAUCUGGGCCGCAAAAAUCAGCAUCCGGGUUCUGUUUGCGAGGGAGAAGAGGCUGUGCGAUGCGGUCUUUGAAGGGCUGGUUAACAUGAGGGACUAUUGCUAUAUUGAAAUUGCACAAGAACCCACAGCUAGGCUUUUCGCCUUCGUAGAAGCCGUGUCAGCCACGAGCCGGGAGCCUGAAAGAUUAUUCAGGGUGCUCGAUCUCUACGAAACUCUCACCGAUCUGAUGCCGGACGUGGAGGCCACAUAUUGUCAGGAGCUUUGCACAAGCGUGAACGAACAGGCUGAUACGAUCCUGGCCCGGCUGGGUGAGGUUGCCAGUGGAAUGUUGACAGAAUUUGAGAAGGCUAUUGAGAAGGAGAAAUCUAAGGCCCCCAUUGCGGGUGGUACUGUUCAUCCUCUCACCAGAUACGUCAUGAAUUAUCUGGCUUUUCUCUGCGAUUACAGGGAAACUUUGGUAAACAUUACUGCAGACGCGCCCGGAGAGCUGCGCUUCGCGCUGCCGGAUGAUUUCUCCGUGGACGAUGAUGUCGGCGCCCCCGCACCGCUGUCCAUCCGCCUCGGAUGGACCGUCUUCCUCCUCGUCUGCAAGCUCGAGACAAAAUCAGGUCUGUACAAAGAUGGGGCACUGUCGUAUAUGUUUCUGGUCAACAACAUUUACUACAUAGUGCAGAAAGUGAAGGGCUCUAAGCUCAAAUAUAUACUGGGGGAGGAGUGGCUGAGAAAACAGUGUGAUAAGGUGAGGCAGUACGCGGAGAGUUAUGAGAAGGCCGCAUGGACGAAAGUUUUAUCGUUUCUAACAGAUGAUGAAAUUCCUUCAGGAGGCAAUUAUGGCGGCGGAGUUCGGUAUGGGGAGGAAUUGAAGGAGAGAUUGAAGGGAUUUAAUUUGGCGAUAGAAGAGGCGAGGAAACGACAUAGUGGGUGGGUGGUGGCUGACGUCAGCCUACGGGAGAAACUCAGGAAUUCCGUAUCGGAGAAGUUGAUACCUGCCUACACUUCCUUUCUUGCCAGGUUUAGGAGCAGGUUUGAAAGCGAUAUGAACAUCAAAUACACGCCUGAGGAGAUGCAAGACCUUCUGCUGGAGAUUUUCAAAGGUAACUUGACGUCGAUUAACAAAAUGAGAUCCUGGUGA